AUGGUGUAUCUCAAGACCAGCCAGGAAUGGCUCGACCAGUCCAUGGCUCUCCUAGAGGCCCGUCCUGCCACUACUCUCAUUACCACAACAUACAAGCUCAAGCCUGGCCCUACGCGACCCGAUGCAGACGGCGACACACCCGUCACCAAACCCCCACGCGGCGCUCUCGUCCUCAAGGCAUACGAUCCCAUUAGCGGCGCGACCAUCAAGUACCGCACCACCAAGGCCCAGGAGGUCACUCGCUUGAUACAUGCGUCUCUGGGCCGGCUGGGAAGAAGUAUGGCUGCGGUGCCGGAUGUACCUGAGGUGACAAUGGCAGAUGGCGAUGGCACAACUCCGGUGGAGGAGUCACAAGCUGCUACGCCGACACCACAGGCGGCCCAAGGGGGUGGAGGUGGAAAAAAGAAGAAGAAGGGCAAGAAAUAA